CGCAGGGGGCUCGCCCACAGGGUGGCUGCGCCUAGGCCCGCCCCUUCCCCCGCGGCCACAGUCGGUUCCGGCGGCGGCUGGGGCCUGCAGCGGGGCGCGGAGCGGAAGAUACUUUCUCCACAUUUGGAUGUUGUAUAGCAAGCAAUCAAUUUCUUAGCUAUUAGUCCUCUUGCUGAUAUUGAAGAUUACCUCUAGUAAGUUGGGUGGGCCAGGGCUCUUUCUAGUAUUUUUCAACAUGUAAACAUUUUAUGCAUUUUGGGGAGAAGUCCUCCAGAGUCUCCCCCAAAAAGCCCACUUCAGGGGUAAUCUCCAACAAAAGAUGGCAGGAUUUGGCUCUAGAAAUGCCACUUCCUGUGUCAUGUCGACCACUUGACAGUGACUCAAAGUGCUGAUCGUCCCUCCUUAUGGGGUGAACUCCAUUACUCUUCUAUCCCAAGGAAUGAGGCUGAAGCAAAAUGAAUGAACAUCCUAAAAAGAGGAAAAGGAAGACUUUACAUCCUUCACGUUACUCAGAUUCUUCAGGUGUCAGCAAAUAUAUAGACAACAAUGGAAUAUUUUCUGACCACUGCUAUAGCGUCUGUUCUAUGAAACAGCCAGACAUAAAAAUUUCUGAAAACAGAGGUAGAUUCCAAGCUCCUGCACAGACCCUAGAUACUGAUGAUGAUGGCAGCCCAGUGCAUGCCGGGACAUCUCAUUGGAGUGGGGCACAGUCGAAUGUCAUGGGGUUGCACUGUACAGACCCAAAAAAGAAAGAGAAAAGUGCUAAUAAUGGAAUUUAUAAAGACAUGUGCGAGUCUCCUAUAUUCGGAGACAGUCCAGCUGAAGAGGAGAAACCCAUAGAUAUUCAAACCAUAGAAAUUUCGACUACAGAAGUUAAUGCUGUAGAAGUUCAUGAUAUAGAGACGCAAACUGUUUCACCUGAAAAGCUAGAAGUCGAAGACAUUGAAGAAAUGCCUGUUGAAAGCUGUAAACUUUUUGAGAAGAACCAGGCUUUGAAUAUUACUGCUCAGCAGAAGUGGCCUUUGCUGAGAGCCAACAGUAGUGGCCUAUACAAGUGUGAGCUGUGCGAGUUUAAUAGCAAGUACUUCUCUGAUUUAAAGCAGCAUAUGAUCCUGAAGCAUAAGACAUGUACAGAUACCAAUGUCUGCAGAGUAUGUAAAGAGAGUUUCUCCAGCAAAGUUCUGCUGAUUGAACAUGUAAAAAUACAUGAGGAAGAUCCCUACAUCUGUAAAUACUGUGACUACAAAACAGUGAUAUUUGAGAACCUCAGUCAGCACAUAGCAGAUACUCAUUUCAAUGACCAUCUUUAUUGGUGUGAGCAGUGUGACGUACAGUUCUCCUCGAGCAGUGAGCUGUACCUACACUUCCAGGAACACAGCUGUGAUGAACAGUAUCUGUGUCAGUUUUGUGAGCAUGAAACCAAUGAUCCAGAAGACUUGCAUAGCCAUGUGGUGAAUGAGCAUGCAUGUAGAUUAAUAGAGUUAAGUGAUAGCUAUAGCAACAAGGAGCGUGGACAGUACAGCCUCAUAAACAAAAUUAGCUUUGACAAAUGCAAAAACUUCUUUGUAUGCCAAGUGUGUGGCUUUAGGAGUAGGCUGCAUACGAAUGUCAACAGACAUGUAGCUAUUGAACACACCAAAAUAUUCCCCCAUGUUUGUGAUGACUGUGGGAAAGGCUUUUCAGGUAUGUUGGAAUAUUGCAAGCAUUUAAAUUCUCAUUUAUCUGAAGGGAUUUAUUUGUGUCAAUAUUGUGAAUAUUCAACAGGACAGAUUGAAGACCUUAAAACUCAUUUGGACUUCAGGCAUUCAGCAGACUUGCCUCAUAAGUGUACCAAUUGCUUAAUGAGGUUUGGAAAUGAAAAAGAUCUUAUAAGUCACCUUCAGAUACAUGAGACAGCUUGAUGUUUUUUCUUCUGUAGUCAAUUUGUUAGAAUUAAAAUGUAUUUUCCAAUGUGUCAUAUGGUAAUAUUAAAUAAGUUGUAAUAGAGAUUAUACAGUGGAUAAUUGUAAUGCCAGUUGACUGAUUUUUUUUUUUUUUUUUUUUUAUCAACAAAACACGUUUAAUGACUGGUAUGUUUGUUUUUGGGAAUUUCCUGGCGUUUGAGCUUGGGUGGACAGGGAGCAACUAUAUUUAAAAGAUGAUUGUUCAGUCACGUGGCGAGAGUUGCAUGUUAUAGUAGCCAUUUUAAAGGUCAUUCCAUCUGCUAACAUGUAGUGAUAUGUGUGUUUGACAGGAAGGCAGCUCUUUCUGGAUAAGAAAAAUAGAAAUUUGUUGUCUCUUCCAUUUUCACUCUUUUAAAUCUACUUAAUUUACUGUUAUACCUUAGCAAACAGGGCUGUUUGUUCUCAACUGGAUUCCCCAACUCACAUUAACCUCCUCAGCAGCUAAGUGAGUAUACUCAUCCUCAGUAAAGUUCACUGGGCUACUGAAGACAUGUAUUCUCUAAAAAAGUGGCCUCUCUGGAAGCACCCAUCUAGCACUUCCCUUAACAAGCCUCCAACUCUAUAUUCCUCCUGCUACACUGACAAGCCCUCCCUCUUCCUCCACCAUGACAAAUUCCUAAAUUUGUCCUCUCUUGGCCAAUGUUUUUGCCCUAGCCCCACAUUCAUGCUGUGCUGUCCUUUCCCAGUCAACUGUUUGGUCCCAGCUUUGCUUUUAGCUGUGGAACUGUCCCACAGCUAUCCCUUUCCCCUGAUAAGUGUCACUUUUCCCCCAUAACUGCCACAGAUCUCCCACUUUUUUCCUGUCUCUUUUCCCAUCCAUCUGCCAGUUUGCCAUCCCAUCUUUCUAUUCCUUAUGAAGCACGCAGCUGACAAAUGUUGCCUAUCGAGAUUAUAUCACUUUCUAAGGGAUAGUGACAAAGGAAGCUGCUUAGGGAUCCACCUAAGAAUAUACCUAAAGGAGUGAUUUGUUUGGAGGUACUGUGGCGCUAAUUAAGCUCUUAUUAAAAGGGGGUAUGCCGUUGAUUUCAGUUAUAGCAAGACUGAACCAUAGAUUUAUAAUUAGCUUUACACUGCAGAUAGGGUUGAGGGAAUGUACUCUAAUUCCAUAAAUUCUAAAAUUCCCCUCCCAUGUGUGUAUCUAAAUCUUUAUUAUGGUACAUUAUAAAAACAGUCAUUUUGAAAACUUCUCAAACCUUUUCAGAUUGCACACUGCCAUCCUCAUGUUAUCUUCCUUAUAAAUUCAUUCCGAUUCCUUAAGUCCAUAGUCAUAUUUCUGACCUAAACAAUAUUAGACGUAGCAUAAGAGGAGAGAGAGCUUAGACUGUGAAAGCUAUAAGGGUAAAAUAGCCAGCAACUAAGUGGUUGACUUUACGUUUCUGUCUGUAUUGAUUGUAAAUUUGUAAUGUAAGAAAUUGUCCAAUGUAAGUUUGUAUAAAUACAGUCCAUGUAUAAAAAAUUUCUUUGCAGUGGUAAGAAUGAGAUCCUUGUUACUAGUUCUGCACAAAGUUGUGCAAGAUUUAUGUGCUGAAUUCAUAUAGCUAAAAGAUAAAAAUUGGCCCUCUUCAACCUACAGAACUUAUUUGUCUCAAAUACAUGUCAUUCCAGAAAUAUUUCUAGAAGUUUUUCUUUAACUAGGUACCAUUCCUAAAAAACAAAACAAACAAAAAAGACAAACACUAACUAGCUAUUCAGAAGGUAUAUUUGCCUGUAUUUAGACACUAAAUACCUUAAAUUCACAUUCAAAGCUUGUUAAAAUAAUAUUGAUUUCUAUUACACAGUUAUGAUUGGAUUCCCUGGAAAAAACAAGUACUCCAUAAUAAAUUUCCCCUUAUAUACUAUUGUUUCAACUAGAAAUUACAAAAUAUGCUUGAGAAUGCAACUUCUUUUCAAAUAUCUUGUUAGUGGCAGGGAGUUGGCAUAACUAGAAGGAAUGUGCUUGGUAAUUUGAGUAGCGAUAGACAUUAGUAAAUAGUCAAGGUGUCCAUGUAGUUUAUAACACUGGCUUUGUCUGUGAUCACAGAUCUUUAUUUUUUUGUAUCAAAUUCUUUAACCGGUUUUAAAUCAGGAUACACUGGGGUUUUGGGGUGGGUUUUUUAUUUAUUUUAAAGUCAGGUGCCUAACUUGCUCCUACAAUCUCUGUUAAGAAUAAAUUGUACCUGUGCUGAC